CCCCAUCGACGCUUCCCACCAGACGACGCUGUAAAUCACCACUAACACCAGCACAAAGGACGUAUCGAGAUGAGCUUCUGCAAGCACUGCAUCGAGGGUGUUGUUCAUGAGGGCGAGACCACUGGUACUAUCGAGACCAUUGGAGGGGUCAGGACAUAUAUCGCCACCCCAUCGCAAGACUUCCCUAAGGACAAAGCCGUGCUCAUCCUCACUGAUGUAUUUGGCCUUGAGCUGAACAACAACCGUUUGCUCGCCGAUGCGUACGCGAAGAAUGGCUUCAAGGUCUUCAUGCCUGACUUGUUCGAUGGUGACUCCGUCGCAGCCGAUGCUCUCAAUCCAGGGUCAAACUUCGACCUUAUGGAGUGGUUUGGACGCCACGGACCCCAGAUCAUCACACCUAUAAUCGACAACGUCAUUGCUGCCGCUAAUGAGCAAGGUUUCAAGAUCUUCGCAGGUGUUGGUUAUUGCUUUGGAGCUCGCUACGUCUUCAACCUCGCGUUCGAAAACAAGAUCUCUGUCUCCGUGACCGCCCACCCAACAAUGAUUCAGGUCGAAGAUCUCCAGAAAUACUUGGAAGUCUCGAAAGCUCCUCUCCUCAUCAACUCUUGCACGACGGACCCUCAAUUCCCUCCGGAGAAGAUCGAGGCGGCGGAUAGGAUUUUGGGCGGUGGGAAGUUCGCACCUGGGUAUGAGAGGGUGCACUGGGAAGGAUGUACGCACGGGUUUGCGGUCAGGGGCGAUAUCUCCGACCCUAAGAUCAAGGCGUCAAAGGAGGGAUGCUUCAAGAAAUGUGUUGAGUUCUUGAUCGCCAAGCUCUAACUAGGAGCUCGCAGCCGUUGGUAAAAGGAGAGAGGCAGAUAUCCGGGAAGGCUAACGCGUGACCACUAUUAGUCCAUACGAUUAAGAGAAGUAUUUGUUCCGUAUGUAAGAGGGUAGAUAUAUGCAUUGCAUCAUCCAGAUGUUCACGGGC